AUGAGCCACAUCUCAUCAGUCGCAGCAGCCUGCUUCCUGCAGCGCGUGUCUAUCAAGCCUCUCCUAGCAUGUGGCAGCACGGAGGGAACGCGCGACGUCAUGGCCAACGCCACAGGGGGCGUCGACCCGAUGUACGCAACCAAUCGCGUCGGACCCUCUUUCCUGUACUCAUUCGGUCCAAUCAACCGUCUGAUGCCCAACGAGACCUACAACGUGACCCUCUUCUUCGCUGAGCUGUACUGGUCCCGCCCUGGGGAGCGGCUCUUCAACAUCUCUACCAACAAUAAGACCCGCCUGUCCAACUUUGACAUCUUUAAAGCCGCCGGCGGCAGGGAGUCGGCGGCAAACAUCACUCUCCCGGUGAAGCUGGGCCCAUUUGGGCAGCUGGUGCUGCAGUUCGACUCGGUCAAGGAUCAGGCAUCGCUGGCCGGCAUCAGCGUGGCCGGCCCUCUGGCACCCACCUUCAAGCUGCAGUCCUUCCUGCAGAAUGACACCCAAUCCAUUCCUGACCUGUACGGACCCGCCCUGGUGAGGCUGGACACUGGCGCCCUGAAGCGCAACUACACCGACAGCACUGGAACAGUGUGGGAAGCAGAUCGCUCCUACCAAGGCGGGGGCAUUGAGGUGUUCAACGCUGUGAUUGCCAACGCGUCUGACGGCAGUGGGAAGCUGUAUGCAACCAACCGCGCAAACAAGACGUACACUGUUGUGCUGCAUGCUGCUGACCUGUACUGGGGCAAGCCACGUCAGCGCAUCUUCUCAGUCACCGCCAAUGGCGCACCGGCGCUCAAAGCCUAUGACGUCAUCGCGGCUGCAGGUGGGCCGCUGUCAGCAGCGCAGGCCGUCUUCAAUGUGACAGCGAGCCCCGAGGGGACGAUCCUGCUGCAGUGGACAUCCAUCAAGGACCAAGCGAUCGUCGGCGCCAUUGAAAUUUACGGCCCGGCCGCCGCACCUGAUCUGGCCGCUCCAGCUGCCGCGCCAGUCUUGGCACCGGCCAAGACUCCUGUUUUGGCACCGGCGGCUGCGCCUGAACAGGCACCGGCGCCGCAGACACUAACGCUGCCACUGCAACCCUACUCGCCUGCAACUGCGCCCCAUGCUGCUCCGGCCUACGGAUCCACCUUCCUCCAGACGUACGCACCGGCGGUGCAGCCGGCAGAGGGUCCAACGCCGGUGCCGGCCCCCUCCGCCUAUUUUGGCCCGCCUAAAUACGCGCCAACCCCCGCCCCGGCUUAUGCCCCUAGCCCUGUCUUUGCGGCCCCCCCGACGUACUCGCCCCCCGCUUACAGCAGCAGCCCCCCGGCUUACGGCUCCUACGGUGGCGCCUUCUAG